GCUCUUUGACUAUCGUUUAGCUCCAUACCUGUGUGAAUUGAACAUUCACCUUAGCAACGUAAACAAAUACUCAAAAACAGGCACCACUUAAAAAGGAUAUCAAUAUGGAAGGCAAGGACAAUCGAUCGAAAGACAAACGUAGCAAAAUGAAGCAUUAUCGUAAGAAGCCGCCAACACAACACAAUAAUAACAACACGUCGUCCAGCUCACAAGUGGAGGUAGUGCGUGGUGUAGUUGAUGUGGCAGACUCCAGUGAUGAACGUUUUGUUUCAAGACGCGGCUGGACGUCCUCCAGACCACAACCGCAAGUGCGACGGUUCUCAUUGGACGAUGAGGACAACGAUUUAAAUGAAGUGGAGUCGGCACAAAUGCAUGCCGGUGACUUCGGUUUAAUGGCACAGUUGCCUACAUCUGUAGGUGGUCACUUUCAGUUCGCAUCUGAGAAAAAUUGGGAAAAAACUGAGGGUGAGCAAUUAUUGGACAAUACAGAAGCUGGUCAAUACUUUACGCUCAAUUUGAAAUUGUUAAACGUUGGCUUACAAACGAUUCCCUUCUACAAGCGUAUGGAUUAUGCGGCUUCAAUGUUUACGCGAGCACAGUUGAAAACAAUGGAGCAAGCUGCUGAAGUAGCAGAGAAAAGUUAUCAGAAUGUACUGCAUGAGCACGAGGCUAAUCCACGCAUUAAAAUCAACAGUGGCAGUCGAAAAAGCGGUUCGGGACGGUCUCAAAAUAGCGCCAAACCUACAAACACCGCACUAAGUGAAACUAAUGCACCGGAUGAAUUGGACGAAUUAUUGAAUUUGACUACGGAUGCUGUGACGAAGGUAGACAUAAGUGAGGGUAGUGGUGGUGGCGCAGAAAAUGCAGCAGUGCCUGCUGCGAAGGAAAGUGAAAAUGUGGCAGUCAACAAGGAUGACAUACAAGAAUGGCUGGAUAAUGUGCUAGAGGAGUAGUGAUCAGAAUUUUAAUUAGUAUAGCUCGUUUGGGAAUAUAAACAUAAAAAAAGAUUUCAGGUAUCUGCUAGCCAAUGCCGACAGAAAAUGCACGGCAUUGCUCAUUAUAGCAGAACUAGAACCCCAACCGUUAUGACUCAAUUUUACAAUUAAUUUACGGCCGGCGGGCCAAUUAGAUGUCCUAAAUUCAGUAGUUUUCGCGAAGCGUUGUAGGAUGAGAAAAAAAAACAAUUAGCCAAAUGAAGUUUUGGGGAUAGUUUAAUAUAUAUUUGAACUAAAAAAAAAAAUUUGUACAAUCUCCAACAAUAUAUUGUAAGCCGAGUUAUCAAUAGAUUCCCAGAGCGACUUG